ACACUUCAGUCCUGUAGGCGGCGCUAAGUUCAUUCUCUGCACAUGAAAUACUCCAGUGAACAUCCGUGAGCGCUGGUGUAUGCGAGUACAAGAUGGCGCAAAACUCAAGUGUAUAUGAGGAAGACAGUAAAGAUUCUGAUCCAGUGGCUGAGCAGUGCCGGACAGGAUCAGCUUUAGAUGUUGCUCAGACUUCAUCAUCAUCAUCAUCAUCGUUGAAGAGACAGAGGGAUGAUACUGAUGAGGAGGGGGAUGAAGAUGACUCUCCCAGAAAGAAGCUGUCUUCUCUGAUUGGUGGAUCUCUGUUGAGGAUUAUGGUGGUGUUAGACGCUAUGCUGCCAUCUUUCGACGUGGAUCAGCAUGAUCAUCUCUGCUGCCCCCGUCAGCUUUGGAAUAUCAUUUGCAUCUGGAAAAUUCCUGAGUUUGAGGUCACCAGGGAAUUACACAGUCUAAAAGUGGCCACACAUUACAACAAUCUGCAGGAGUUUGGCCUGGCAGAACGCAAUAAAAGCAGGAUAGUUCACAUGCGCAACUUCAACAACUGGUUGAAGAGCGUGCUCAUCGGGGAGAUCCUGGACAAGGUGAGGCAGAGAAGGAGAGAGGUGUCUGUGUUAGAUCUGGGCUGUGGGAAAGGAGGAGACCUUCUCAAAUGGAAGAAAGGACGCAUUGACACACUAGUGUGUGCAGAUAUCGCUGGUGUAUCCGUUGAGCAGUGUCAGCAGCGCUAUAAUGACAUAAGACGGAGGGGUCACCCAAACGACCGCACAUUCUCUGCUGAGUUUAUCACAGCAGACUGCAGCAGGGAGUUGCUGUGUGAGAAGUACCGAGAUCCUGAUCUGCGGUUUGACGUGUGCAGCUGUCAGUUUGUGUAUCAUUAUUCAUUUGAGAGCGAGCAGCAGGCAGACAUCAUGCUGAGAAACGCCUGUGAGAGACUCAGACCGGGAGGAUUCUUCAUUGGAACAACUCCAGACGCAUACGAGCUGGUGAAGCGCUUGGAGGCAUCAGACUCGAACAGCUUUGGGAAUGAAGUGUACAGUGUGACCUUCCAGAAGAAAGGAGUAUACCCUUUGUUUGGCUGUCAGUAUGACUUCAACCUGGAGGGAGUCGUCAAUGUCCCAGAGUUCCUGGUGUAUUUCCCCCUGUUUGAGGAAAUGGCAAAAAAGUACAACAUGCGACUGGUUUGUAAGAAAACCUUCUGUGAGUUCUUUGAGGAGAAAGUAAAAGAUGAGAAGCAUAAGAUGCUCAUGCAGUGGAUGCAGGCGCUGGAGCAAUACCCUCCAGAUGAGAUGGGCAGACUGGCGUCUGAUAGUCCAGGGGAGUAUGACCAUGCCAAGAGAAUUGCAGAGAAUCCUGCUGUUAGACUUCCACUGGGGACCUUGAGCAAGUCUGAGUGGGAGGCUACAAGUACGCAUAUACCUGGUGUUUGUGUUUGAGAAAAUGUCAUGAGUUGGAGGGAUUCACCAUUGUGUCCGCAUGAAUGAUUGCCACAGAUGUGGAGUGUAGUGCUGUCUCAUUUCCAUUCAUUCAGUUUCUACAAGCCUGCUGAGCCUGUCUAUUUCACAAACCGUCAGAUAUUUUUAUAUAGCCAGAGCAUUUCUUCCUGUGUGUGCGCGCACGCACGUGUGGCGCGAGUGUGUGCGCGUGUGUAUGUGAGAGAGAGAGGAAUAACGAAUGAGUGGGCAGUCGAUGUGUGCACACUGCACAUAAUCAAUAUUCUCAUUCAUUCUGUGUACCUGUUAUACAAUGCUCACCUGGAACCCAUUCACUUCAGGUCAAAGAAUCUAACAGUCCAGUAUGGCUUACAGUCCCUUUGGGUUUUACUUUGAUUUGUAGUCCACACUUGCCUUCAAGCUAGACUCUGUAUAGGAUUCCCUUGUUCUGAAAGUCACAGAAAGACAUCAAAAACAAAUCUGUCAGUUUGUCAAAAAUACAAUGUCCAGCUGUGAAGGGUUUGAUUAAUAUCCUGUUUGUUGUGUGAUUGGGGCCACCAGCUGUACUUUGACAUGUAGAACCUCAGCUUUAAUCCAUGAAUUUUUUUUAUUUUUUAUUUUAUUUUAUUUUUUAUACAUAAAAGGCAUACUGGCAUAGGGUAUUUCUUACCUCUUCUGACGUCAUUGUGUAAUGUUGUUCCUGUAAGCUGUCCAGGGACUGUAAACCUAUUGUAGGGGUAAUAAAAUCCAAGAAUUACAAAAAAGUGUCCAUUGUAUAUUUGUCUCUCAAGAUUAUUCUCAAGUAAGAAGGUACAGUACACCUGCUUUAUACUAUAGACAAAAGAAUAAGGUAAAAAUAAUUUAAUAAAAUGAAAUUUAAAAAUGAUGAAUGGUACAUACACAUGAAUACACACACAGGGGAGUUUCUUCAACUUC